GAGGGAGGCUCGUCUAGUGUAUAAUCCCGCACAGGAGCUGCGGUUCACCGGGACGAAUGAGCCUUUGCCCUGGAAGCGGCUAACACCUUUUGUGCAAGUUGUGGAAAGUCGCUCAUCAGUGUUUGUGGGUUUGUACCAUGUGACCACAGGACAGCAGCAGUCACGUAAGAGGGAUAUCCGCUACCCAUGAUUCACCCACCACAAGGCUUUUACCAGAAUCAAUCAUGUCGGAUAGGUAAAUCUCUCCUCAUCAUGUGACAGAAGCGGGGCGGAAGUGCCCAUUUUAGUGUACACCGUUGCCAUGGUAGCCGCUACGUGAGUCAAGUCCAUUCUCUGAAUUGUUUAUGGAGUAGAAUGCCAGCUUCACCUGCUACCCUUGCCCCGGCCGGAGCUGUCCAGAAGAAAGGUUACAAAAGCAUUCAUGAAGCAGUAAAGGCUGGAGAUGCAGAGCAACUUGCACUGAUGGUAAAGAAAGGAGCACAAUUGAAUGAAGUGGAUCAGCUUCAUAAGUUUACACCAUUGCACUGGGCUGCCCACUCUGGCAGUCUGGAGUGUCUUCAUUGGCUGCUUUGGCAUGGAGCUGAUAUUAAUGAUGUUACUACUCAUGGCUGGACAGCGGCACAUUUGGCAGCUAUACGAGGACAAGAUGCUUGCAUGCAGGCUUUGGUAGUCAAUGGAGCAGAUCUGACUGCUAAAGAUGAUCGCCAGUGUUCUCCCGCCCACCUGGCCGCAGCUCAUGGCCAUUCAUUUACUCUGCAGACCUUACUGCGAAGUGGAGUGGACAUCAAUGUUCCUGACAGAAGUGGUUGGACUCCUAUACAUUAUGCUGCAUUCCAUGGACGACUUGGAUGCUUACAGCUGCUGGCGAGAUGGGGAUCUAAAAUAGAUGACACGGAUCAGAAAGGAAACAGUCCAGCUCAUCUAGCUGCAAUGGAAGGUCAUCUGCAUUGUUUGAAAUUCUUGCUUAGUAAAGCCAGCAGUGUGACUCAUGUAUUGGAAGCUAGGAACCAUGAUGGAGACACGCCAAAAGAUCUAGCUCAUAGGUUCUACAAGGAAAAGAUUGUCCAAUACAUUGAUGGUGUGGAAUUUGACAGAGACCACCCAGAUGAACAGGAAAAUUUGGCAUUUCCUGCUCACGUUGCUGCUCUCAAAGGUGAUUUAGUUACACUUAGGAAAUUGAUAGAAAGUGGCAUAAUCAACAUAAAUGAGCGAGAUGACAAGGGGGCAACUCCCUUACACAAAGCUGCAGGUCAGGGUCAGAUCGAGUGCAUUCAGUGGCUGUUGGAGAUGGGGGCUGAUUAUAAUAUUACGAACCAAGCGGGAGAAACGGCAAAAGACAUAGCUAGAAGGUUUGCUCAGCUAGCAGCAGUGGCCCUCCUACGAGGAAGUGUGGAAGAAUAUUCAGAUGAAGAAUUAGAUGAUGAUGAUCCACGAUUUUUUGAAAGACAUGGAGUUGAGGGAAACACGGAUCAACAGAAUGAUUUAAGUCUGAGUCCAGAAGAGAAAAAACAAGCACGGAUGAGAGCUUACAAAAAGAUGAAAGAACUUGAAAGGUUAAUGGAGAUUGCAAAAGGCAAUUACAAGCAACUUGGUGGCAUCCUGGAGGAAGAUAACCAAAUAAAGCGAAGUAAAAAAAAUACAUUUUGUAAUAUCUUCAACAGAAUGAUAAAGGAGCUGGAAGCUCAGCUGGAAUAUGAACGAUUACAGAGAGAGAAGAUGGAGAUAAAGUUGGAUGAAUACAGGGUAGAGAUUGCGCACCUUAAUGGGUGUAUAGAAAAGAUGAAGACUCCGUCAAGAGAACCGGGUGAGAAGUUAUCUGAGCUGUACAAGGAAAAGAAAAAAGCGAAAAAAAAGCUGGUGCAUCAGUCAAGUCCUGGAGGUGUAAUUGUCAGAAGGGGAGUCAGCGGUAAAUAGUGUAAGCAUAAAGGGCAACAAAUGGCUUUACAGUAACCCCUUGGAUGUCAAGAAUGUUGCAACUAAAAAUAUAAAACCAAUGACAAUUAAAUGAAUAAUGGUCUAUUACCUACACAACAUAGUUUAUCCUUUGUACAAUGCCAUACAAAUGAGAAAUCUUUUUCUACAUACAGCUCCAAAUGUAUUCGUAGGAGAACAUUUUGAAUAAAGAAAAAUCUAUACCUUCACACUCAAA